AUGAUGAACUACGGUGGACACCCAUUCCACUCUCAACAGCCACAGCAGCCUCAACAGCAGCAACAUCAAGGUGUCCAGCCCCAGCAUCCGUUGGGCCCACAGCCUCAGCGUCAGCAUGCCCAGUCGCCUUUGCUAAACACGGGGCCAACGCUUCCCCAGCAUGGCAGUCCAUUCCCGGGCAGUAAGCCGAUCUUUCGGGCACAACCCCAACAGAACUUUGCUACCACGCAGUCCCCGGAUAUGCGCAAGAUGACUCCGACAUCGGGCUCGUUAGGUGGAUAUCCUAGUAGCAGUUUUGGCCAAUUUUCGGGGCAAUUUGCAGCGCAGAGCUCCCCGGAUCUCAUGGCUCGGAACCCAGAUCCCAUGGCGUUGCAAAAUAUCCAACGCGGUUUCAAUCCAAUGGCCCACCUCAGGCCGCAGCCGGGAAUGAGCCCUUCGACGGGCAUCACGCAUGGGCACCCUAUGAAUGUUCCGUCGCCGCAGCAGACCAUGAAUCGACUCCCUCACGCGGGCAUGCAGCAGCGAGAUGGUCAUAAUUCCGCCAGUCCGUCUAUGACUAACACGUCCAUGUUUGCGAUGAACCAACAACGACAGGCGCAAUCGCAAUCGCAGCCGCAGUCGCCUCAGCAAACUCAGCAGCAGUUGCAACAUCAGAUUCAGCAGCAGCAGUUCCAGCAGCAACAGCAGCAAAGAUUGGAGCAGCAGAAACAACUCCAGCAGCAGCGUAUCGAGCAGCAGCAGCAGCAGCGCUUGGAACAACAGCAACAGCAACGUCUAGAGCAGCAACGUGCGGAACAGCAACGCUUGGAGCAACAACGCAUGGAACAGCAACAGAUUGAGCAGCAAAAGGAAUUGGAACAGCAGAAGGCAGAAGAGCAAAAACUAAUCGAGCAACAACAACGACUGGAACAACAGAAGCAGCAUCAACAGCGAAUGGAGCAGCAACAAAAGCAGCAGUUGGAGCAACAGAGAUUGCAAAAAUUGCAGCAGCAAACCCAGGCGCAUAAUCCAUACCAACAGCAAUCCCCCUUCUCCCAACAUGCCCAACCUCCGUUCCAUCCAUCCCAAUAUCAGCAGCACCAAGCUCAAUCCCAGCAUCAAUACGCUGCACACCAGCCGCAGUUCUCUCAGCCACAGCAGACCCAAUUUCAGCCGUCUCCACACCAUGCUCAGUUCCAGCAUUACCAGCCAGGAACACACUCGACGGCCGUGCCUUCGUCGCAGCCAGCUGUUCCAGUCAUUCCUACAGUUACGGAGAGCCCGGUAAUGAAGACUGAUGAGUCGAGCCCCACGCAGAAGAAGAAAGCUAAACCUAAGAAGGCUGCCCCGACUCAACCUCAACCUGUUCAAACUCAGCCCCAACCCCAUUCUCAGCCUCAACUCAAUGCCCCUCUGUCUGUUCCCAAUUCUGUGCCGACACAGCCCAACGGACAGGCGCAGGUUCCUACCGUUGCAGCAACUGUGGGUGAUCAGAUUGCUACCCCGCCUCCGAAGCGUCGUCGCGGACGGCCUCGGAAGGAGGAAGUUGCGGCCAGGCUCGCUGCACAGGCUGCUCAAAACGGCGAGUCUAUCCCGGGCGUUCAAGGGCAGGCUUCAUUCACGGCAAACAUGACACCGACAGUUCCAGGCUCCGCACCACAUACUACAACCAAGGGCACGCCUAUUUUGGGACCAGACGGUACUCCUCUGAAGCGGAAACGUGGACGUCCUCGCAAGGCCGAUCAAAUUGCAUGGGCAGCUGCCACAGGCCAGCCCUUGCCAACACCCAAACCAAGGAAACCAGCAUCAGCUAAACCGAAAGCGCCUGGGACAGGCCGACCACGUGGAAGACCUCGCAAGGCUGAUGUGGCCGCUGCGGCUGCGGCUGCAGCAGCAGCCGCCGCUGCCGGCGACCAAACACAGGCAGAAGUCAAUCCCCAGUUAGGCGAAGGAACAGAUACAACGAGUGCAUUGAAACGUGCAACGACUUCAAUCGAUGACGAGUCACGCAAACGGCCAUGCCCAACCCCACCGCAGAUGCAUCAAGGCCAGCCCUUGCCGCAACAGCAGCAGAACCUUCACAUGUUCCCACAGGGUCAGCCUUCGCAAUCCCAGCCAGGUCAGCAGCACCUUGGCCAGCCGCAAGUUCAGCACAUGCACCAACAACAGAACCAACACAUGUCCUCUCAGGCUGGUUCUCACCUGCCACACAGCCAAUCUCUAUCCCAACAGCCCGGUCAGCCGUUGUCCAUGCCACACAUGCAAAUGCAUCACCAUUCUCCUGUUCACCCCCCGCGCCCUCUCCCUCACCAACAAUACCUCCAAUCUCCGAUGCAGCAACAGAUGCAGCACCCGAUGUCGUCCGAGUCCCCCGUCCACGGGAUGCCAGGACAACAGCGCAGACCUCCAAUCCCGCAACGAAGCCAGGCCCCUCCCCCGCCUGCCCCGCAACAUGAGCACCAGCACACGUUCCAAAUCCAGAUGCAGCCCCAACCGACCUAG